ACGGGUCAACGGUAGACGAGGGGUGGCAGGGAGGGAGCGCCGGCAGUACCGCGCCGGGCAGCGCCCCGAUAUGUUCAACGUGGAGAGCCUGGAGCGGGCCGAGCUGGGCGAGAGUCUCCUCACUUGGAUCCAGACAUUUAAUGUUGAGGCACCAUGCCAGACUGUGGAAGAUUUAACGAGUGGGGUUGUGAUGGCUCAGGUUCUUCAAAAAAUAGAUCCAGUGUACUUCGAUGAAAACUGGUUAAAUAGGAUCAAAACAGAAGUAGGAGAUAAUUGGAGGUUAAAGGUAAGCAACCUGAAGAAAAUUUUAAAAGGGAUAUUGGAUUACAACCAUGAGAUUCUAGGGCAACAGAUAAAUGACUUCACCCUUCCUGAUGUUAACUUAAUUGGAGAGCAUGCUGAUGCUGCAGAGCUUGGAAGAAUGCUUCAGCUUAUUCUGGGAUGUGCUGUGAAUUGUGAACAGAAGCAAGAGUACAUACAGACCAUAAUGAUGAUGGAAGAAUCGGUUCAACAUAUGGUCAUGGCAGCAAUUCAAGAGUUGAUGAGUAAAGAGUCUCCUGUCUCUGUUGGAGAUGAUGCUUACGUUGACCUUGAUCGACAGCUGAAGAAAACUACGGAAGAAUUGAAUGAAGCACUGUCAACAAAAGAAGAAAUUGCCCAAAGAUGUCAUGAGUUAGAUAUGCAGGUUGCAGCCCUUCAGGAGGAGAAGAGCUGCUUGCUUGCUGAGAACCAGAUUUUGAUGGAACGUUUAAAUCAAUCUGACUCUAUUGAAGAUCCCAACAGCCCUGCUGGUCGUAGGCACUUGCAACUGCAAACACAACUAGAACAACUCCAAGAGGAAACAUUCAGAUUAGAAGCUGCCAAAGAUGACUACAGAAUACGCUGUGAAGAACUGGAGAAGGAAAUUGCUGAAUUGAGACAACAGACAGAAGAGCUUACUACGUUGGCAGAGGAAGCUCAAUCUCUGAAGGAUGAGAUAGAUGUACUGAGGCAUUCUUCUGAUAAAGUAGCCAAGUUAGAAAGCCAAGUGGAAUCUUAUAAGAAGAAAUUAGAAGACCUGGGUGAUUUGCGUCGGCAAGUGAAACUCUUAGAAGAAAAGAAUACAGCGUACAUGCAAAAUACUGUAAGCCUGGAAGAGGAGCUAAGGAAGGCCAAUGCAGCACGCAGUCAGCUGGAGACGUAUAAGAGGCAGGCAGUUGAACUACAAAACAGGUUAUCUGAAGAAUCCAAGAAAGCUGAUAAAUUAGAUUAUGAAUGCAAACGGCUGAAAGAAAAAGUAGACAGCCUCCAAAAAGAAAAAGAUAGAUUAAGAACAGAAAGGGAUUCUUUGAAAGAAACUAUUGAAGAGCUCAGGUGUGUACAAGCACAGGAGGGUCAACUCACCACUACAGGAUCGAUGCUCCUAGGAAGACAAGAAUCUUCAGACAGUUUAGCAGCAGAAAUUGUUACUCCUGAAAUAAAGGAAAAACUCAUCCGUCUUCAGCAUGAAAACAAGAUCUUAAAGUUGAACCAGGAAGGUUCUGACAAUGAAAAGAUCGCCUUGUUGCAGAGCCUUCUUGAUGAUGCAGAUUUACGGAAGAAUGAAUUGGAGACAGAGAACAGAUUGAUAAAUCAGAGACUUCUCGAAGUGCAAUCCCAGAUUGAAGAACUACAAAAAUCUUUGCAAGAUCAAGAUUCAGAAGCUGAAGAUUCAGUUCUUCUGAAAAAGAAACUUGAAGAAAAUCUUGUGAAGCUCCAUGAAGCUAAUAAUGAGCUACAGAAGAAACAAGCUAUUAUUGAGGAUUUGGAACCAAGAUGCAAUAACAGUUCACUCAAAAUUGAAGAAUUACAAGAAGCUUUAAGGAAGAAGGAGGAGGAAAUGAAGCAAAUGGAAGAGCGUUACAAAAAGUAUUUGGAAAAGGCCAAAAGUGUCAUCCGUACCUUAGAUCCUAAGCAAAACCAAGGUGCAACUCCUGAGAUUCAGGCUCUGAAAAAUCAGUUGCAGGAACGGGAUAGAAUGUUUCAUUCACUGGAGAAAGAAUAUGAGAAAACAAAAAAUCAAAGAGAAAUGGAGGAGAAGCUUAUUGUUAGUGCCUGGUACAAUAUGGGGAUGACUCUGCAUAAAAAAGCAGCAGAAGACAGGCUGGCAAGUACAGGCUCAGGACAGUCCUUCCUGGCUAGACAAAGGCAAGCCACAAGCACAAGGAGAUCAUACCCUGGUCAUGUCCAGCCAACAAUUGCAAGUUUCAGGGCGCUCUUCAGGAGAGAGGAUUCUCCAGGACAGUGGUAAAUCAGCUGAAGAAUCCUACGAAUAAGAAUACGUUCCAGGAACUGUGCUGAGGAUAUGACAUGGUAGUCUUCUUGGGACAAUUCAGUUAAAUAGAAGGAUAUCAGCUAAAUACACAAAGUUGUUUGCUCUUCAGAGUUGAAGCGUAGUUUCUCGUCUCACACAAUGUGUGUGCAGUUUGGUUUCUACACUUCAUGUUCAGUUGUUAGCAUAAAUGAGCGGACAUUUAAAAAAAAAGCAUUCAAAUUGCUCAGGUUUCUUACAGCAUCAGUUAGCCACUUGAAUCCUAACGUGUUUUCCAAGAGCAGUGACAGCUGGAGUGAUCUAGUGUAAGGGUUGUGAGUCCCACCCACAGUGCAAGGGGAAACAAACUGUCAGAGCGCGCAGCUGUGUGCUUUAUUUAAAUGAAGCAAAUACCAUAUUGGCUACAUCGUGUUUUUCAGUCUCUCUUCGGAAAUAAGCAGAUGGGAAUCUUGUGCUGUUCUGAUGUGGGUAGUAACAACUCUGCAAGUGCUUUAUUGCAUUUUAUUCGUGUAAGCAGCACCAUCAGUUUUUUCAUCGCAUAUGAAAGAAUUAAUGUUGACAAUUCCUACUGCUGCUUUGAUCAUCUUACUAGUAAGUGCUGUGUGCAGGCUGUCAAGAACAUUUAAGAGGAUUUGUCAAUUUUAAAGUCCUUCAUAUUUUGACAGGUGCAAGUAGCUUUUGCUUUUCCUCAGUUCUCCACUGUGUUAGGCUAUCCACUUCAUAGCUGCCUGGAUGUUUUUUAGUGCAUUUAGUUAUCUUGAUAUGUUGACAUUUUCUGUAGAUACAAUAAUUGGGAAAUAUUUUAAUCUUACCACUUGAUUUUCUUCUGGUUAGUGAUUGACUGAAUACAGUCCUGAAUGUGGCUAUUUUUCUUUUUUCCUCUGAUGAAACAAAAAGGUUACUGAAUUUUACUCAUUUUUUAGAGAUUUUUUUUUCUUCUGGACAUUUUGUCAUUUUGCAAGGAUUGAUGAGGGAGCUAUUUUUGCACUCAAAGUCAGAUCUAUACUGCUGACUUCUUGUGGGUUUUUGCACAUGUGUUUUAGAUAGAAUAUGUGGACUCUUGUUUUGCAAUAAUGUGAUGUUGAUAAGCUUUGACAUCUCCAAAACAAGUUUAGCAAAUUUUGCAGGCAUUUUCCUCACCUGCGUUGUGCAAAUAAAUAGCUGAAAGAGGUUCCUUUGACGGGAAGGCUCUGAAGUGAUGCUUUUUCCACCUGGCAAAGCAACUGGUUGUACUUCAGGGGUAUUGCCUGCAGAAUAGUUUGAAAGCUAGACUGUGAUUGAUAUAUGAUCUCAGGAAAUCUCAUGCUUAUGCGGAAAACCUUUUUGAAAGUCCUCGCUUAGACCAACAGUAUUAACUGAUUCUGGCAGUGUGAUACACUUAGUGCUCUGUUGAAAUGGAGAGGUGGAUCAUUAUAAAUGUAACAAUUUGAAUGUGAAGAUUGCAUAGGCAUGAAAUUUGGUGAAGCUGUGAGCCACAAAAAAGUGCAUGCAGCCUGAGCACAUCCCCUCCCAAGUAAGAGCAAUCCAACUCUCUUCUGUAUUGGCAAGGGUGUUGCUUUCCUACUUUGUACCUUUCAUCAGGAGAAAGAGCUAGACUCACAACAGUGCGUGUGCUGUUGUAGGACCAAGAAAUGGCAAGGGCUGAGACUUACUUGCACUUGGAAUGACUUCAAGCCAGAUCAUUUAUCUGAGGGCAGGCUGCAGGAAGUUCCCAAGCUGUAUGUAGGAUCCUAGCCGCAUCACAGGCUGGUAACUUUGAAGGAAUUGAGGAAACUCUGUGAUGACUGAUUUUGUUACUUAGUUGCUGUAAUGUUUCUUCGCUCUGGAAGCUCAGACAAAGAGCAGUAGCCUGUUAAUAGCUGUGCAGGCUGUAAGUGAAAAUAGGAGUCGAUUUCCAUGGUUUGAGGGUGGAGGUGGCAGAUGCAAACAACUGUUAAGGACAAAAAUCUGAAGAGCAAGAUGUCUUUCUUAGUUUUGCUUUAUGGUGGUAGUUUAAAAGAGGUGGAACCUGAGCCUUUGUAGCUAGCUGUUCAUUUUUAAAAUUAAUUCUGAAUCACAGUUGAUUUAAGUAUUGGAGGCUUUCCUUAUUUAAGAUAGAAGCUGUGAUUAUCGAACACAGCCACCUCAGACUUCUUUCAUCUGGAAUGGCAAAUUCCUGCAGAUUUUCUCAGCUGACAAUCUUAUUGCAGUGUUUGGAGAUUCUGAUGACUUGUUCUGUUUCCGCUUGACUCUGCUUUAGUGAAUUCACUGAAAUAUUUGGCUACAAAGAUGAUUUUUAAAAUACAUCAGCUCAUUAAAUGAAUCGAUGCAUGAACUCGCUGAUGAAUGUAGAUUGGAAAUGAAUGAAUGACUGUAGAUAGAGAAACCAUAGAAAAGUUGACAUAUGAAAUAGUCCCACAGCACAUUGUACCAACCCUUGGCAGUAUAGUUGAGGCAGACACCCAAACAAGUUAUUCUGAUUUGAUAUUUUAUUGUGGGUCAGUAGGAGCUCAUGCUAAAUUCUGUGACGGAAGUCCUUAUCCAGCAGUUGUUAGUGAACGAUUUUUCUAUUGACUUCAUUACAGACCAUGUUCUGAUCUUUGCUUUUAGACCUUAGCAAAAUAAUGGGAUUGUCCUGAAGUAAAUCCUGUAUUAGUUGGUUUUGAUGUCAAACCAAGGAUUUCUAUGGGUGCUGUUUGCUGUGUAUAUACAAGAUCAUUUUGAAAACUGCUAGCUUAUCCUUCAGUAGUGCUGUGUGUUGAUUUCAAACUGAAACCUGUUCCUUCUGUCAGAUAAAAUGCUCUCGUUGCUGUUGAAUCUCAGAGAAUGAGCUGUAUUACAUGAAGAACAUUCCUAGAAGAAGGAAAGUUGGGACAGCAUUGCUAGGACAGCUGGGACAGUGUUUCCUGUUGGUGAAUUUGUUCAUUGCUUCACACUGGAGAGGUUCUUUACUAUCAGGUGAUGUUAGAGCCUCGCAUUUCAGAACGAGCAAAAUGGUUAAUUUAGUCUUCUCAAAAGCAAACAUUUUUCAGCACUUCGAAGUGCUGUUAACUGCUGUAGCGUGGCACAAAUCUGAAAUACUGCAAGAGCAAGUAUUGCCAUUGGUAUAAGGAUUGUUCUCCAAACAAUUGGAAGAAUUGGAAUCACUAAAAAUUAUCUCUAACCUCAAGAGACAGCAAAAUCAACGUAAAGGCCAUUUGUUAGCUUGUUAACGUGCUUGCAUUGUAAGCAUGGUCAUGGAAGAAAAGAAAAUCCCAAAUGGAGUAAUGCAGAGAGAGUUAUACUUGUGAUGAAACCAUUAGACUUUUUGAUUUGGAUUUGAAUAAAGCAUCCCUUAUGUAGUACAGAUUUUAUAAAGCAAAGAUUUUAGUUCUUAGUCAGCAGAGUUAACAAGGAGAACAAAAUUAUUUUUGAGAGUAUCAGUGGUUUUGAGAGAGAUCUUAAAAUUUGUAUUUAACAGUACUAGUAAAAUCUUCGAAUAGUAAUAAACAUGACACUGUAAUGCCACACAUCUUAGAGUUUAUAGUCCACUUUGUAUUCUGUAGUUGUAGAAAUUAUAAAAAUGUGAACUGAUGUUGCCAUGGCUCUGGAAGAUGAUGUGAUGAGGGACUUUUUAAAAUGUGUAAAGGAAAUAACAUGGAGAAAAUGUAGAAAGAAUACGUGUAGGAAGAAAAAGAAACCUUAGUGGUAGUAACCAGUAAGUAACAUUAAGAAAUCUGCAGAAAGAGAAAUCUGGGGGCAGUUAACUUAAAGUAGAUGCUCAGCAGAAAUAUUUGGGAGGAGUCUGGUGUUAGACCUCAAAGUAAAGGUGCUCUUGGUGCUCUUCCUACUUUGGUGCUUAUACUACAAAAUACUGGUUACAGACAGCGAAUUGGUGAGGAAGCCCAAUUCCCUCUUAAGGCUCCAAAAGUACGCUGAAUAGGAAAAACAUGGUUGCUUAGAAAUAAGGUAUGGUGGUUGGGUUUUUUUGGAUUGUAUUUGCUUUGUAUGAGCAGUGUUGUUAGGGAAGCAUGUUGGUAACAUGCUAGAUACAUACCAGAGCUGGCUGGUGGAAAGGGAAAGCUCCUGUCCUUUCUGAGGCUGUAAUGUGCUGGAAUCAUCCCAGUGAGUAGAAGAAAUACGGGAUGACAGAGAAGCUAAGGAGGUUGUAAGGUACUGAUUGACUGCUUAUAAUGAAGUACAGCUAAUCAGUUCUCAUGUUGAACACUGGAGGGAAGUGUCCCUCUGAGAAAUAAUCCACCAAGGUAACAGUGAGCCUUCAGUUAUUUGUAACUGGAAAAUUUUGGACUGACAAGAAAAUUAAAAUCACUCCUUUGCGGACAAGUCAUCUGCAAAAUAAUCCGACCUGGCCUGGAGACAGUGCAGAGGAAACAACAGGUUAUGUUAAGGGAAUGUACUGUCACGUUUCACAUUUGUCAUCUUCUAGAGUAUUACUGUCUUCACAGGUAGAUUCUGCAAGUAUUGAUUCAUCUUCAGAGGUACUCAAAGACACAAAGAAAUCAACAGGCAGUUAUUAUAGAACAGUCUGAGAACUGCUUUGAAAAUGGCACUCAAACGCAUCAGGGGAUUUGAUGCAUCCCUGAAAGAGAAUUUACUGUCCAAAGUUGAUAAGACCUCUUUAGAAGUGCUGGUGUCCCAAAGAAAAGCCUGUCCUAUCACAUUUAUGUACAACAGGACACCUGAAGCACUGCUGAACAGUAAGUCUGAACAAUAUACAGGAGAUGCUCCAAAAGUAAUGCCUCCUGUUUUUAUGAUGUUGGUCCAUGGCAUCAGAGGCAAAUGUUGGUAGUAGAGCAGUAGGGGUGGAUCCUUCCCAUCAGCAUCUCAUUGCAUGUUGCUGCUGCGUGACUGAUGGCAGCAGAGGAGCACUCUGAGACAGUGGUGUCUGAAUGCAGGAGUGUGGGUAAAACAGAGGUGUGUAGCUUAAUUCCUUCAUAUGGAAAAAAUGGCACCCACUGACAUUCAUCCAUACUUGGUGAAUAUUUAUGGAGACCAACUAAAAAAA